AUGGCCGACGUGAGCGAGGUGCGCGUGGCCGGCGAGGUGAACCGCAUGAUCCAGGCGGAGGUGGCGGCGCUGUACGCGCGGCUGGAGGCGCUGCGGGCGCAGACGCGCUUCCCGUCCUUCGCGCCGGUGAACGUGCCCAUGGUGCUGGUGCUGGGCAACCACUCUUCGGGCAAGAGCACCUUCAUCAACCACAUGCUGGGCCAGCGCGUGCAGAAGACCGGGCGUGCGCCCACGGACUGCACCUUCACGGUGCUGGCGGGCGGCGCGCGCGACGAGCGGCUGGACGGCGCGGCGCUGGUGCGGCACGCGCAGUACGGCUUCGGCGACGUGCAGCGGCUCUUCGGCCGCGAGUUCGUGUCGCAGGUGGAGCUCAAGGUGGUGGCCGGUAGUCCGCUACUGGACCACGGCGGGCUCAUGAUCGUGGACUCGCCGGGCAUGAUCGACCCGCCCGGCAGCGCGCUGGACCGCACGGACAAGGACCGCGGCUAUGACUUCAAGCGGGUCGUGCAGUGGUUCGCGGACCGCGCGGACGUGAUCCUCGUCAUGUUCGACCCGGACAAGCCCGGCACGACGUUCGAGACGCUGGACGUGCUCACCAAGUCGCUGCAGGGCAUGAGCAGCAAGGUGUUGUUGAUACUGAACAAGGUGGACGACUUCCAGACGGUGCACGACUUUGCGCGCGCGUACGGCGCGCUGUGCUGGAACCUGAGCAAGGUCAUCGGCCGCAAGGACCUACCCUUCAUCUACACCAUGUACGUGCCGCAGGACAAGCGCGAGGAGGCUCCGAGGUCGCUGCCAUCGGCAGCUCAAGAGAACGGUGAGACGGCGUUCAAUGUACCCAAGAUGCUCGAGCACGAGUUCGACGGGAUUAGAGGCGAGGUGAUCCGCGAGGUGGAGCGCGCGCCCGACCGCGCGACGGAUAAUAUCCUGAACCUGCUGAAGGCCACGGCUUUGAGGCUCAAGAUGCACACGACGCUGGUGGAGGCGUGCAAGAAGGAGUACCUGGACCUGAAAACGUUCUGGAAGCACGCGCAGAUUGCCGGAAUCGUCGCUGGAGUGGGCUUUACGGCGUUUUAUUUGAUCCGUACGUUAGGGUCGAGCGCGCCAUUGGGAGCUUUGACCGCCGACGAUUUGGUUGAUAGAACACCUUCAGGAACUUCGUCAGUGCCUUCGUCGUUGUCUGUGAAGACCUCAAGCGCGAACAAUGCGUGGGAGAAGAACUGGUCCAAGCAGGUGGCGCGCUCGCACUCUUUGUUCAAGUUCAGCACCUUCUUCAAGAUCGUUUUGUCGUCGUGCGCCUCGAACCUCGCGCUUUGGAAGGCGUCUGUGCUGAACCUGGAGUUCAAGCGUGAGAAUGUGCUGCAGUGGCUGCCGCUCACGUUCCAGCGCGUGUACGGCCCAUUCCUGUGCAAAUCUGAUCGCGCGCACGACGAAAUCAUGGCUCAGUGGAAUGCAGUGCAACCAGGUUUGGAGUUGGCUGUGUCGUCUACGCCGCUCGAGUCUUUCCCUAACAUCGAAGCUCAGCACAAGUCCUUCCUCGACGACGUGCUGAACCUCCACGUCCCACGGCUGGACCGUUGUGUACGCGACCGCACCGGGGACGACCACGCCUACCUUCGCUUCAAGCACCACGUCGUGCCCACAUCCAACAAGCCCGAAGUGAAGGAAGCAACUACGACGGAGUCGAAGUGA